AUGGCGCUUCUCGUCGAUAAACUCCGGCCUCGAUCUCUUGACGCUCUCACAUACCAUAAAGACCUUUCAGAACGGUUAGCAGCCUUGGCUUCUUCAGCCGACUUUCCCCAUCUCCUCUUCUAUGGCCCCUCUGGCGCAGGCAAAAAGACACGAGUCCUCGCAACAUUACGCGCGUUGUACGGCAGCGGCGCAGAGAAAAUCAAGAUUGAUGCCCGCAUGUUCACGACCGCCUCGAAUCGCAAGUUAGAGUUCAAUAUCGUCUCCUCAGUAUACCAUCUAGAAAUCACGCCUAGCGACGUGGGGUCCUACGAUCGCGUGGUCAUACAGGAUCUUCUGAAGGAGGUCGCACAAACGCAACAGAUAGACCUGAGUGCAAAGCAACGGUUCAAGGUGGUGGUCAUCAAUGAAGCAGAUGGACUUAGUCGCGAUGCGCAAGCCGCCUUGAGAAGGACAAUGGAAAAGUACAGCGCAAAUGUCCGCUUGAUCCUGGUAGCGAACAGCACGGCUGGCAUCAUCGCGCCCAUCCGCAGUCGAACACUACUCGUCCGCGUCGCUGCGCCCACAGAGGCCGAAAUCUGUGACGCCCUGGUGAAAGCGGGCAAGAAGGAGAACUGGAAAAUCAUCCCUGCCCUCAAUGAGCGGAUCGCGAGGGAAUCCGGUCGCAACUUACGCAAAGCGCUGUUGAUGUUGGAAGCCGUGUACGCUCAACAUCCCGAGCCCAGCGAGAAAACCCCCAUUCCGCCACCGGACUGGGAACUCCUGAUCGAACAGGUCGCAAAGGACAUCAUCCGCGAACGCACGCCGCAAAUGAUUCUCUCGACACGGGCAAAACUGUACGACCUGCUCACGCACUGUAUCCCCGCCACAUUGAUCCUCAAGACGUUGACCUGGAAACUCGUCGCGCAGCCCGAAGUCGCAGACGAGUUGAAGGCCGAGGUGGUCAAGUGGGCGGCAUUCUACGAGCACAGGGUGAGGCUGGGCAGCAAGGUCAUUUUCCACCUCGAGGCCUUCGUGGCCAAGUUCAUGCGAAUUUUCGAGGGAUACCUCGUGGGCAUGGACUUCUGA